AUGCUCGUCGCUGCGACGGUUGUCUUCGUCUACUACACAGUGUGGACACUGUUCAUGCCCUUUGUCGACGACGACCACAUCCUCCAUUCUCUCUUCCUCCCCCGCGUUUGGGCCAUCCGUAUCCCCGUCAUCCUCCUGAUUCUCGGCACCACCGUCGUCGGCAGCUUCCUUUCGGUCGUCAUGAUCAAGAGCAAUCGCAAGAAGGCGCUCAAGGCCCAG